CAUGGCAGAGAAGAUCCUGGUGACCGGCGGCGCUGGCUACAUCGGCAGCCACUGUGUGCUGGAGCUGCUGCAGGCUGGCUACAGCCCUGUGGUCAUAGACAACUUCCACAAUGCCAUCCGAGGGGCAGAUGUGCUCCCCGAGAGCCUGCGGCGUGUGCAGCAGAUCACACAGCAGCCUCUCCUCUUCCAGGAGCUGGACAUCACCGACGGGGCAGCGCUGCAGGAGCUCUUCAGCAAGCAUCACUUCUCAGCUGUGAUGCACUUUGCAGGGCUGAAGGCCGUGGGGGAGUCUGUGCAGAAGCCCCUGGAGUACUACAGGGUGAACCUCACCGGCACCAUCCGGCUGCUGGAGACCAUGAAGGCUCAUGGCGUGAAGGACAUCGUCUUCAGCAGCUCUGCCACCGUCUAUGGAGACCCCCAGUACCUGCCCCUGGAUGAGAGCCACCCGGUGGGAGGCUGCACCAACCCCUACGGCAAAUCCAAGUACUUCAUCGAGGAGAUGAUUCGAGACCUCUGCAAAGCAGAGAGGGACUGGAACGCUGUUAUCCUGCGCUACUUCAACCCCAUCGGUGCCCACGAGUCAGGCAUGAUUGGAGAGGAUCCUCAGGGCAUCCCAAACAACCUCAUGCCCUACGUGGCACAGGUGGCCGUGGGGCGCAGAGAGUUCCUGAGCGUGUUCGGCAGCGACUACAAGACAGAGGACGGAACAGGUGUCAGGGAUUACAUCCACGUGGUGGAUUUGGCCAAGGGCCACCUCGCUGCCUUGAGGAAGCUGAAGGAGAACUGUGGCUGCAAGGUCUACAACCUGGGCACAGGCACUGGCUACUCUGUCCUGCAGAUGAUCCAGGCCAUGGAGAAAGCCUCAGGAAGGGAGGCGAGGACCUGUGGCGGUGGCAGCUGCAGAACCCCACUGGCUUCAGCAAGAACUGAGCCAGGGCCUGGGGGCUUGCCUGGCUGCCUUGGGGCUUGCCUGGCUGCCUGCUCCAGCCCAGCUCUGCCUUCCCCCUGUGGGCCCAGACAGGUUGUGAGCAGUCUGGCUACAAUUCCUGCCCCCUGCGUGGGGCAGAAAGGCCAGGAGCAGCCCCAGCCUCUCCCCUCCUCAUCCCCCCCAGCUCCUUUGCGUUUCACAGAGUAGAACACAAGGAGGAGCAGAGUCAAGGCCCAGCUUUGGCACCCAGAGCUGAAACCCUCUGCUGAGAAUGCACAGGGGCUGCUGCCAGCCCCAGCAGCUUGGCUGGUCUCUGGAGCCACCACUGGCAGUGGUCACAUCCAGCACUCAAACAUGUGAGUCCCGCAGAGGCAAGCACCCACUGCCUGCUCCACCUGUCCCCAACCUGCCCACCUCAUGGACCAGACCCAGGAUGAAGGCUGGGGCACCCAGUGCCCCCUGCCCUGGGCACAGAGGUCUGCUGAGCACCUACCUCAUGGCCUCAGGCCCCAGGAACCCCCCAUUCCCACAGGGACUAGUCACAUCCCAACCCUGCCACGGCCUAUUUCCCCAGCCCUUGCUAACUCCCAAGGGCCUCAUCCACCCUUUUUUCCCUCCCCAGCAUGGUUUUGGAGGCCAAGCCUCAUCUCCUGCUUGCUCCUGCUCAGCCACUGGAGCCAGCCCUGGGCUCUCAGCCUCUCUGCUGCCCUUGGCUGCUGCCUGCCUUUUUUGCUUCCACGUUGCCUGUGGCAGCCUUUUCCCUGCUCGCAUUGCCAAAGGCUCCCCGGGAGCAGGCUGUGCUCAGCUGGCAGCUCCUGUUUAUUAGUGGCAGCUCCAGGGGCUGGCCGGGCCCCGCCGCGGCCGUGGGGCUGGGCUGGGCUGGCAGCAGGCUGAGUAAUAACUUCUGUGGCUAAGUUCUGAAUGGAGCUUUUCAGUUGUUCUUAAAUAA